CUGAGUCGGGAUCUGCGGGGCGCGACCCACGCACCGCAUCCUUCCCUCCGGCACCGCACCGAACCAUCCUUUCGGUACCGCAUCCUUCCCUCCGGCACCGCAUCCAUCCCUCCGGCACCACACUGCAUCCAUCUCUCUGGCACCGCACCGAACCAUCCCUUCCGCACCGCAUCCAUCCCUUCGGUACCGCACCGUGUCCGUCCCUCCGGCACCGCAUCGGGUCCGUCCCCUUGGUACCGCAUCCAUCCCUUCGGUACCGCAUCCAUCCCUUCGGUACCGCACCGAACCAUCCCUUCCGUAUCGCAUCCAUCCCUAGGGCACCGCAUCGCGUCCGUCCCUUUGGUACUGCAUCCAUCCCUAGGGCACCGCACCGCGUCCGUCCCUCCGGUAUCGCGUCCUACGGCACCGCACCGCGCCCAUCCCGCCGGCACCGUACCGCACCGCACCGCUCCCUACGGCAGCGCACCGUGCCCCUACGGUGCCACUCGGCAGCGCACCGCACCCAUCCCUACGGCACCGCACCGUGCCCGGAGCCCGCAGCGCCCGCGCCCGGCGGGACCAUGAUGUCCUGUGCUGAGCUGCUGGCCGUGUGCCUGCUCUCCGCCGAGCGCGGCCCCGCGCCCCGCCGCCAGCCGCUCCCCAUCUUCCACGACAUUUUCCGGCGAGCCGACAAGAACGAUGAUGGGAAGCUGUCAUUUGAGGAGUUCAAGAACUAUUUCUCUGACGGGAUCCUGAGCUCGGAGGAGCUGUGGGAGUUGUUCAGCGGCAUUGACAGGCGUCACUCAGAUAACGUCGACACGGAGAAGUUGUGUGAUUAUUUCUCGGCGUAUCUCGGGGAAUACAGGAAUGUGCUUUCUGCCCUGGAAACCCUCAAUGCUGCGGUGCUGGCAGCCAUGGACAAAACCAAGCUGAGGUACGAGACCUCCUCGAAGAUGGAGCAGUUCCUGACCAGAUUCCUUCUGCGGGAAACCAUGCACCAGCUGCAGUCCCUGCAGGCGUCCCUGGAGUGUGCUGUGGACACCGUGGAGGAGCAGGCGGGACGGGAGAGAAAGGACACAAAGAAAUCUGAGACUUCAGUUGGCCCGAGGGCAGGUAGACGGUGUGGGCGCAGAGGACAGAAGAACGUCUGUCUGUCUCCAACAGACCCCUAUUCUGGGAUGCUGACAACAGGUGUUUGUGUCGAGGACAACAGCCAGUGGAUGGCUCAGAUCAACAGGCUCCAGCAGCUCAUCGAGAAGCUGGAGUACAAGAGCCCACGCCUGGAGCCGCUGAAGGAGGAGGAAUCCAUGUGCAAAGGACAAGAUGCACACAUCCUGGUGGCCAAGAGGCAGAUCUCGGUGGCCACGAGCAGCAUUGAGGAGUUCCGGCAGGCGUUCCGCUCCUACACCGAGGGCACGGCUGGGCACAGCAGCUGCCUGCAUGUCUCUGCCUGCAAGCUGACAGACGAGGCCUGCUUCAUCCUGUACGAGUUCUGGCAGGACGUGACCUCGUGGAGAAGCCACUUGCAGUCCAGCUGCAGCAAGACUUUCCAGCAGUCCAUCAUCAGCUUGCUGGAGUCCCCGGAGCUGCUGACCACCAUGCUGUUCCCAGCUUCCUGGUGGAUCAUGAACAACAACUGACCCAGGCAGACACCUCAGGACAUCGUCAGCAUGCAGGAGGACGUGGAGCCCUUGGCACAGCCCUCGCCUUCCCUCACGUUCCUCCUCUCCCUGUCCCUCAUCCCCUCCAGCUGCCCAGCAGGGGCUGCCUGCCAGUGUUUUACCCCUUUGCUCUUUUCAUGUUAAUUUAUUUAGUUAUUUAUUUCCCCUCCAAGACAGUCUCUGAGUUGCCCGGUGAGAGUGGGGCACUCCUGGAGUGCUGGGAGUGCAGUGUUUGGGGGGGACAGCCUGGCCCUUGGGGGAGCACUGGUUGGGUUGCUGUGUCCCCUUAGCCCCUCUUGCACUCCAGCUCCUCUUCCUCCCUGUUCUCAGGGCUGCCCGAGGCUCCAGGGGGUGUUGGGAUGGGGAGGGGGACAUGGCUGGGGCCAGCUGUGACAUCCCUGUGCCCAGCCCGCCAGAGCCACCCUGGGCCAGCAACAGCUCUGCCCAGGGAGCCAGGUGGCCUCUCAUGGAUUGUGAGUAAGUGUUUUAUAGGGAAAAAAUUUUUAAUGAACUAUUUCUGGCAAGGUGAGCCUGAUCAGGCCCUGGCACAGUGGCAGCCUGUGCAGCCACUGCAGUGGUCUUGAGACCAGCCUUGUGUCCCCCAGCUGUGACCAAGGCUGUGCCCAUCCCCAGCACGCCCUGCUCCUCAAGGAGGCCUGCAUGGAUCCAGCCCCAGCACAUCCCAGUCCCUGGGGGAGGCCAGUGUGGCUCCAGUCCCAGCACAUCCAUUCCCCAGGGAAUGGAUGACUCUGUUGCUUCAUGAGCUCACAUAAAGCAGUGUUAGCACCAGGCAGUGCUGCCAGGGAGGCUGGAACUGAAUUAAUGGUGAUGGGCACUGGGGAGGGGGGGCACAAAAUGAGGGGGACAGGCCCAGGGCUGGAGUGGCCCAAGCCCACCUGGUCCAUGGGUCGUGCUCAUGGUUCUGUCGUUGGUGCUGGAGCAGCAAAUCCUUCCCUGAGCUGGGGUGAAAUGCACCAUCGCUACCAGUGUGGAGUGAGGGGAGAAGGGCACAUGGGGCACGCAGGGACCCCAGGGACUCCUGGCAUGGAGGACACCACUGUCCUUGCGCCCCUGUCUGUCCCCAACACCCACGUGGGUCACCACGGGUGCCUGCACCCUCCACGCUCAGGGUUGCCACCACCCCUCAACCUCUUUUCCCUGCUGCUGCUCCACCAGAAAUACUAAUUUUGACUGUUUCUUCCCAAAUCCCAGGCUGCAAUAAGUACAAUCUGUGGCUGAAGGGGCAGUGAGUGCAGCUCCAUCCUGGGGGCACCUCAUCCACACUGUGCUGGGCGGGUCUGACAGAGUCACCCCCAGCCCUGGUACCACGGAAUGACAACUCAGAGGGGCUUGCUGGGUUUGGGGUGCUUGUUUUGCCCCAGCAGAAGCUUUCUAGGUGCUCCCUGGGUUUGGGGGACGGGGAGUGACGCAGCUGAUGCCG